AUGUCGUACAAAAGGGGAAUCGUCGCAUCAUGGCUAUUUGCGACUGUAGCAGUUGCCGCGCCUGCUCCAGAGCCUGUGCCUCAUCCUAUGAUCACUCCCGCUCCGGUCCUACGACGCGACUAUCAGCGACGAGACUUUGACCCGGCCUCGUACGUAGACAGCGUGAUUAGUGGCAUUGGCAGCGACGUGUCUUCAUACGUUGCGUCCGGCAUUCCGCAGUACUUUCAAGACUUGCCUGUGGGUGAUUCAGUGGAGAGUUCUCUUUCGAUCAACGACGAUGAUCUGAAAGCCACGCCUACCCAAGUGCUCAACAUACCGGGCUACGCCAACUGGACAGAACAAGGUUGGAAUGUCCGCGUCCAUGGCAACGUAUUCAAGCAGCCCAAUAUAACGCAAGAAAAGGUGGACGAUCUUGCCAACGUUUUCCUAAUCGAUACGGAUAUCGACAGCCUGCCAGCGGAUCAGCAAGCACAGGCAAGGAACCUGACCAGGGAAAUCUUUGUGGUGCAGCAAAAGGAUGUGAACGUUACCAUCAAUUUUGUCAAUGAUGUGACGGUUGAGCCAGAUGCCAGCGGUGGUGUCAUUAAUGCGGAAGGAGGUGCACAGAGCAUUCAAUUGCCUUACCCGACGACCGAUGAGGGUGACUUUGAUACCUUUGUUGUGCUGGCCAACACCACUGGCCCCAAUGGAGGCUAUAUGAUUGCUGGUAACGCGACCGAUUCGAUUCAGUCUCUCAACAUGUACGCAAAUGGGACUGAUACCGGCAAUGCUACGGCAUACCUGGUUCCUCCCAAUGGCCUGACCAUAAUCUCCGAUAUCGACGAUAUUCUACGAAUAACCAAGAUUUAUGAUCCCAAGGAAGGCUUGCUCAACUCAUUCGCCAGGCCAUUCACUCAAUGGGAGAACAUGCCAGAAAUCUACGCCAACUGGAGUGCUUCGAUACCAAACUUCCACUUCCAUUACCUUACAACAACACCAGAGCAAGUCACAAGGAAUUACAUGGAAUUCAUUUACAAGACCUACCCGCUCGGAUCAUUUGAUACACGCCCUCUCAACUUUUCAGAUGUGUCCGCAACUCUUCAAAUCCGGCGUUUCUUGCUGGAUAAGAUCUUCCAGACGUUCCCCGACCGCAAGUUUGUCUUGAUGGGUGACACGACCAACUCUGAUGUCAUGAAAGCCUAUCCAGCACUGGCCAAGGACUAUCCAGGACAAGUGCAGUGCAUCUUUUUGCGCAACACUUCUGCUACUGAUUCAACAGACCUUUUCCCCUACGACACAUCAGGCUUUGAAGGCCUGAACCAGACUCAGUACAUGUUCUUUCUUCACGCGAAUGAUUUGACCAAUUUGGACAUUGUCGGCGGCAACUGCUAUAACUCGACGAUUCCUCAAAACGUCACUUUUGGCUACCAAGGUUAUGGAUUUGGCAAUGCCGCGACUUCUCUCGGCUUUGGCGGAAGCUCAGCCAUUGCUCUUGCCACGUUUUGGUUUGCCGUCUCCCUACUCUUGAUAUAA